AUGGAAAACAUCCCUUACUCUAGUGCCAAAGGAUCAGUGAUAUAUUCAAUGAUAAGCACUAGGUCUGAUCUUUCAUUUGCAAUAUCUCUAUUAAGUAGGUUUAUGUCAAAUCCAAGAAUAGAGUAUUGGGUUGCCUUAAAAUGGACACUUAGAUACAUUAACACUACAAUGCAUGUUGGAUUAGAGUACUGCAAAAGAACUCCUGCACUUGAUCUUGUUGGGUAUGUGGAUUCUGACUUUGCAGGAGAUCGUGAUUCAAGGAAGUCCACCACAGCUUAUUAUUUCACUUUAGGUGGAAACUGCAUUAGCUGGAAAUCCCAACUUCAACCAUUAGUGGCACUGUCCACAACAGAAGCUGAGUAUGUGGCAGUAACUGAUGCUUUCAAAGAGGCAAUUUGGCUACAAGGGAUUUUGAAAGAGAUAAACUUGAUGAAUGGCCCUGUGACUGUAUGUUCUGACAGUCAAAGUGUCAUUCAUCUAAGUAAAAACCCAAUAUACCAUGAGUGGACGAAGCAUGUGGAUGUAAAAUAUCAUUUUGUCCGAGAUCAGAUUUCAAAGGGAACUGUCAGCCUGCUAAAAAUUCCAACUGAAGAAAAUCCAUCUGAUAUGGGAACCAAAGUUGUAACUGCUGUAAAGUUCAAGCACUGCUUGAACAUUCUUCACAUCAACUGA